AUGAUGCGAAAUGAAGAAAUUGAUCCGUGCAUUGAACCGACAGACUCUUCUUCGGUCAGAUAUAUGAGUACAUUACCGGAUUUUUUCAACGAUACUAUUGGAAAAUCAUUGAAAAUUGAGAAUUUCAAGCCGCAAAAUAUGAUCGAUAAUCCAUUUUUUAGAGCAUUAGGAGAUUUCCUUGGUAUCGUAGACUAUAACACAAACUUGGCAUCAUUUUGGUUUCUGGAUAUCUUAGCUCUACAGAUACUUCGAAAUAACGACGUCUUCGACGACUAUUCUCGUGCUAUCUUUAUCAGCUGGUUAGUAGGAGAAAUGCAGUUGAUUCGAGAUAACAAAUUUCCACGCGAAAAAUUCUUCGAGGAAAUGGAAGUUUUAUUCGCUGCCACAGCCAGGAAAAUUAUUCAAGGCGAAGAGAUUCCUCAUUGGAAUCUAAUUACGUUUGGUGAUGCAGAGAUGAAAUCGGAAAUGGAAGAGGAAGAGCGAAAAUUAUCGCAAGAACACGAUUUAUCGGCUCUACAGAAUUUGAAAUCGAAAAUGCUGACUCCGACAGAAAAAAGAUCAAAGGAAGAAAUGAAAUCGACAGAGACGCUUUUGGACGCGAUUAUUCGGUCCACGUACGACAUGUACGCCGGCGAAGUACGCUACGCUCUCGUUUACACGGUAUUUGUGGAACCAAUUGAAAUACAAGUCCAUAAUCUCCCUUUCAGUAUUCGAAAACCUCGUCCAGUUAAGCUAGCAACCUCCAACACUGGACAUCUUUAUUUACGACUUCAAAAGGCUUUGCAAAAAGUCAAAGGAAAGGAUAACAAGAUCGUUAAAUCGAAAAAGAAAUUGGAUGCGGAAUAUCCACUACAACCAGUGAAUUCUUUAACGGAUGAAGAGUUUAUUAUGACGAAACGUAGUUUCAUUUUACCACUAAUAGAAUCUAACGAAGCUGCUGAUACUUUUGAUCUUUAUUAACAAACAUUCUAAAUUAUUGGGACAAUCUAGGAAUCAUUCGAUUAUAAAUUAGUAUGGCAUAGA